AUGAUUUUGCUAUUUACCUUAUUUAAUUGUUUUUUAACAGGAGAAGUAAUCAAUCUCAAAACAACAAACUUUACAAUAUAAGAUUCUUAUGGAGGAAUCAUAGAGAUGUAAUAGGGAUCAGAAUAUAGACUUAAAAACUUUGAGAAUGCUGAAUAUGCAAUUAAUAUAGAAUUGAAAAAAAAUAGUUUGAAUAAAAAUGACAUUUGUUUUUCAAAAUAAAGUACAAUAUAAUUUGGAGACUAUGAGAGUCAUCAUAAAGUUAUUUAUAAUUCUACUAUUAAUCUUGACCAAGAACAUGCAAAUGAUCCAUCCUAUUAUUUAAGUACUCCAAUAAUGAUUAAUAUGGUUCAUAUCAAAUAAGGUUUAGCGAUUGUAACUAGUGAUCAUACUUUACUUAUUUAUAAAGUCAAUCAAAAUUUCAGUAGUAAAACAGGUUUUUCUACAUAAUUACUAUCCAAUAUUGAUUAUAAAUAUUUAAGAAAUAAUACUACUGAAUUAGAAGUAACUUAAAUUAUUUAUGCUCCUUAUAAUGAAUAUAUUUAUAUCAUUUACUCAGACUAAAUUUUAGGGGGUAAAGUUGAUUAGGAUAUUUAAAUAAAACAAAUCUAAUUUUAAGGAUUUAAAAAUACAAAUAACUAGAUUAAUUAAAUGAAAGUAUAUCAAAACUUCUUAAUUGUACCUUCAGGCUAUGAUGGAUUAAAUAUUUACAAACUUCAUGAAUCAGGAAAUAUCUAUUAUUAUAAUACUCUCUCUUCAUUAAAUCUAUUUAACAAUUAGAUUCCUUCUAUUCUUAUAGAUAUUGCAUUUUCUAUAACAAAUUAAACUUAUGCAUAUAUUUUAGAUUAAAUUAAUGGAGUUUCAAGGUUUAUUGUUAAUUCUGAUUUUAUUAAUAUAGAAUUCAUCAGAGAUGAUUUAUUUGGAUUGAUUCCAAUGAAAAAUUCAAUCACUUUGGCAGUUUCCUAAGAUGAAUUUCUCUUAGUCCUUUAAUAAGGGUAAUUAUUAAUAUUUAGUUAUUUAGAGGAGUUUUUUAAUAAAUGAUUGAAAUUGGCUUUAUUAAUUCUGAUUGGUUUAUAGUCAAAACACAUCUUCUUACAGGUUAAUAUUUUGAAAUUGAUAUUGCUCCAACUUUUGUUCUUUUAAGAGGAAAGGAUGAACAUAGAAUUCUCAGAUUAGGAAUUUAUGAGGAACUUGAAACUAAUUAUGUUUUUUAUACUAAUGAUGACUAAUAUACUGAAAAUGCUAACUCUUUUUAUGAAUAAUAUGUUUUCAUUCCUAAAUUAUAAGCUGUUGAAUUUUACAAUGAUAAUUUUGCAAUUGGAAAUGAUCCAUCAAAAUGGUCAUUCAAUCGAUCAUACCCUUUUAUUUUAGGAUUAACUUAACAUACUAUUGUAGAACUUCCAUAUGUUAAUUAUCCUCCUUAUGUUUAUUGUUCAACUGACUCUAAUCAAGAUACUGAAUUUAUCUAUUAAUAUGAUAUCAAUUUAUACUCUACUAAUUGUUCUGAAAAGGAAAAAUAUUUGGAAUAAAAUCCAACUGUUCCUUUUCAAACAAUUCAAUGUAUUUAUUAAGAAUCUUUUAAGAUUAAGGUAGUAUAAAGUGAAGGAUAUUUAAAAAAUAUAUAGGAAAAAUUUGCGAUUAUAAUUUUUUAAAUUUUAUGUAUAAGUAUCUUAAUUAUAUUAUCAAUUUGUUUGUAUAGAAAAUUUAAAAAGAAAGAAGAAAGCUUAACUAGCAAUAUUCAAGGAUUUGAAAUCAAUACUGGCUAUGAUUUUGAACCAAAUGAAUAACUAUGA